GGUUCUACCCUUAAUAUAGCUAUAUUAGAUAUUUUAAAGAGGGACUUUCAAGUUGGACUUACAUAUGUGGCGUGUAGUAGAGUCAAGACUUUACAAGGCCUUAUAUUUGAUACUCCUUUCGAUUUGAGCGCUCUACGCAUAAUAUUUAACUAUAUAUUUGUUAUGAAAGCAAUUAAUAAAGUAAGGAGAUUACUAGAGAAAUUUCUAGUCUUAAGUAUUUAA